AUGAAUCAGAUGCACAAGAUAAUGGAACGCGAGCCGCCGGAGCUCCUCGUGGAUGACAUCCUGGCUCAUCCAUCGCGGUUGGGAUGGAUAAUCGGUGGAUCCGUUCCUAUCGACCAAGGUCAAGUGAAAGGAAAGGUCACUGCAACUCAUAUCGUCUGCUGUGCUGCCGCACUCUCGUCUCGUCAGUCGUCGACGGGAACAGCGGCGGCGAAGGCGUUAGAGACGCUUUGGAGCCUUGAAGCUGUUGGAAUCACAGAUCCUCCUUCGAAUUCGCAAUUGUCCGCGGAUGAAGAGGAGGCACUCCUCCAAUUCAAUCAAGGGAUCACCUACGGCAAUGGUCGCUACGCGGUGUCUUUUCCGAAAAAACCGAGUAUCUCUCAGCUCCCCAACAACUUGAUUGGCGCAAGACAGCGACUCGCCAAGAAGGUUUCUCAACUGCAGCUCGAGCCAGACAGAUACCAGCGUUACCACACUGAGCUCAUGAAAUUCGUUGACGAAGGAUUCGCGGUCGAGAUCCAGAACCUCGAGCCGGCGGAGUUCUCCGCCGUCGAUGGCUCCUAUUUUAUGCCUCAUCACGAGGUGGUGACGUCUUCCAGCGGCAAGGAGAGGUCGCACCCGAUCGCCUUGUCCGCCGAUAUUUCGCGUGCCUACAUGAGGAUCGCGGUCAACGAAACGGAUCAGCCAUUCUUCCGGUUCCUAUGGCAGGCCCCCGGAUCGAGCGCGAUUAAGACAUUCCAAAUGGUGCGUGUCACGUGGGGAGCCGCUUCUUCCGGGUUCCUCUUGGCUGCCACGAUCCGACAUCACCUUGAAAAAGGCGACGCAGCGGUGCCGGAGCUGGCGAAAUGCCUCUAUGCCGACGAUCUUCUGCAGAGUUUCGAAGAUGUCGAGCGCGCGCAGCGUUUCACCGAUAAAGUUCGCCAAUCGCUCGCAUCUGCAGGCAUGCACCUCGCGAAGUGGAAAUCCAAUUCCACCGAACUGAAGAGUCAUUUGCUCGGCACCGGCAUUCAGCCCGACGAUUUCGAUUCGUCGAGCGCGGAGUUCCUAAAGGUUCUGGGUAUAGCCUGGUGCCCGUCAGAGGAUGUUUUUUCGUUCAAAACACCCUCGUUGUUCGACGGCCCAGCGCCCGAAAGUCCUCCAUCGAAGCGCCAGGUCCUGAGCAUAGUCGCCUCUAUCUACGACCCCCUUGGCUGGCUCACGCCAUUCACUCUCCGAGGGAAGAAACUAAUACAGCGGCUGUGGACUCAGAAUUUGGGCUGGAAUGAUAAGAUCCCCGAAGCCAUUCAUGUCGACCUCAAGCGAUGGAUGACCGAGGUCGUGGAGCUGAGACGGUUUCGUAUACCGCGACGAUAUUCGUGCCGGAAUGAUGUUCCGGUCGCCCAUGUUCUGCACCUGUUCGGAGAUGCAUCCACCACCGCAUAUGCCGCGGCCGCUUAUAUUGAGUCGAAAUUCGCGGAUGGAUCGUCUGACUUCGCCUUGGUGAUGUCGAAGUCGAGGCUCGCUCCCCGGGAUUCGCCAUCAUUGCCGCGGCUGGAGUUGCUCGCCUCGCUAAUUGCUGUUCGUCUCAAAAGGUUCCUGAUGGAGCGCCUAAAUAUCGACUUCGAACGCACCUUGUUCUACACUGACUCCACGAUUGCGUACCACUGGGCUACAUCGUCAAGCCCCGGUACUUGGAAACAAUUCGUCAGUAACCGAGUGCGGGAGAUUCAAUCCGAGUCUCGCUCCGAAGACUGGUUCCACUUGAGUGGAGAGUCGAAUAUCAUUGAUUUCGCGACGCGUGGUGUCUCCGCCGCAACCCUGGUCGAGAAUUCCGAGUGGUGGUUCGGACCGAGGUGGCUCCGGCUGCCCCCGAUCAGCGACCCCUUACGCAGCCACGGCGUGGGUCCGUCAGCCUAG